GCCGCGAAUAGCGGAAGCGGACAUACGUUGUCAUCGCGAAAGGUCGAUGCCAAAAUGGCAGCGCGCUAUGUUCUAAGGUCCGUCUUGACAUCUAUGUCACUAUCAAGUGUACAGCGCCUGGUUUUCUACUCCAACAAGAGAGUUUUUAAUAGGAUAAUUACAACACCGAUGUUUUCUGCUUUUGAGAAUGUUCAAAGUAGAGGUAUCCGACAAGUCGUGGAAAAUAGAGACGGCAACACAACUAUAGUUGAGGGCAGAAUUGUGGUGAGCCCUGAGAGGCUCCAACCUCCCAACCCUGAAGGAGACUGUCCCAUCUGCCAGUGGAACCUUAAUAACAAAUAUAACUACACUGACGUCCUCUUGCUCAGUCAGUUCAUCCGCUCCGAUGGAGGGAUGCUACCGCGCAGGGUCACAGGACUGUGUUCCACAGAACACAAGAAAGUCAGCAUCUGCGUCCAGAUGGCCCACCGCGCCGGCCUACUCCCGGACCACAAGCCUGCCCUGCCAGAGGGUCACACACCGAAGAGACCCAAACCACAGCUCAACAGGUACCUUACACGCUGGUCCGUUGAUACAGUAAAGCCCAUUUGGAAGAAAGGCCUGAAGUGGUGCAAGGUUCGAAUGCCAGUCGGACACCCUGCACUCCAGGACAAUGUAAACUAUGGAAAAAAGCCUUAUUACGUGAACCACUGAGGGACAGGCUGCCUGUCCAUUCCUGUCCCUGAUCCCAGUUGUGUAAAUAAAACCCUUCCAUGGCCAUCAA